AGUAGAGCCGGAGACUUUUUGAGGGAGUUGGGUGACUGGUUUUCGUGACAGAAAUCCAAGUCCAUCGGUGGUUUAAGCGGACUUGACAGCGGUUUACUGAGGCGGAGAGCCCCUCUCGUAGAGCCAGGAUGCUGAAUAUGUGGAAAGUCAGAGAGUUGGUGGAUAAAGCCACCAACGUGGUGAUGAAUUAUUCAGAGAUUGAGUCCAAGGUUCGAGAAGCCACCAACGACGACCCCUGGGGGCCUUCAGGACAGCUCAUGGGGGAGAUUGCCAAGGCCACCUUCAUGUACGAGCAGUUCCCAGAGGUGAUGAACAUGCUGUGGACCAGGAUGCUGAAGGACAACAAGAAGAACUGGAGGAGAGUCUACAAGUCCUUACUGCUGCUGGCGUACCUCAUCAGGAACGGGUCGGAGCGGGUCGUCACCAGCGCCAGAGAACACAUCUACGACCUGCGCUCCAUAGAGAACUAUCACUUCAUAGACGAGAACGGGAAGGACCAGGGCAUCAACGUGCGGCAGAAGGUGAAGGAGAUGGUGGAGUUCGUGCAGGACGACGACAGGCUCCGGGAGGAGAGGAAGAAGGCCAAGAAGAACAAGGACAAAUACAUCGGGGUGUCCUCGGACAGCAUGGGGGGGUUCAGAUACACAGGGGACCGGUACGACUCGGAGCCCAAGUCCAAGUGGGAUGACGACUGGGAGAAGAACAAGGGUGCCUUCCCCUUCAGCGAGAAGCUGGGCGAGAUCAGCGACAAGAUCGGCAGCACCAUCGACGACACCAUCAACAAGUUCCGCAAGAAGGACCGGGACGACUCGCCGGACAGAUUCAGCGACAAUGAGGAGGACCGAGACAGAGCGUCCCGGAACGGCCGGCCCGCAAAGUCGGAGUUCAAGGACGAGGAGGAGACGGUGACGACCAAGAGCAUCCAGAUCAUGCAGGCCACGGAGACCACGGCCACCCGCAAACGAGGAGCCAUCCCCUCCAGGACGGUAGACCUGGGGGCGGCCGCGCACUACACCGGGGACAAGGCCAGCCCGGACACCAAUGCCAACAAGGCCCAGACGACGGAUGCGGGAGCCAGCCAGUCGUCUAGCGGCGGCCUGGCCGACCUGUUGAUGGUGGACUCUGCGCCCAGUCAAACGGCGCCGACAGGUGGAUCUACAGACCUGAUUGGCGGAUUCGCAGACUUCUCCUCCCCAGCUGCCUCCGCCAGCCUCCCUUCGGCUGCUCCGGCGCCCAGUGCGAGCAGCGAUUUCGGGGACUGGAACGCGUUCUCCUCCAGCACGCCCGCCCAGCCCCUCAACCCCGCCGGGACGGACCUCUUCGCCGGCGUCGCCGCCCCCGCCGCCGUCCAGGCGAACACCUCGCCCUCUGCCGACCUCUUCGACCUGAUGGGCCCCUCGCAGUCCACGCUCAGCUCCUCCCAAAGCCUCAACUUCUCCAUGUCCAGUUCGCAGACCAUAAGCAGUAGCACGGGCCUCCCGAUGUCCAGAUCACAGCCUCUGCAGGGCCUCGGGGAUCCCAUAAUGCCUCAACAGAUCGGGGCCCAGAAACCCGGGGCCGGGGCCAAGCCCUCCAUGCCGGCCACGUGGUCGGACUCCAGCGUCAACAUCAGCCUGGACUUCCUGUCCCCGGGCAUGCAGCCACCCAAGCCCGCCCAGCCCACCCUCAACAUGAUGCAGCAGCAGGGUGUGCAGCCCCCCAUCAACAUGGUGGCACAGAGCUUCGCCGGAAUGAACCUCAGCAUGCAGCCGGCGCCCGCCCCCGCGCCCAUCCGGCCGGCCGCCAGCCCCAUGAUGCCCGGCGGCACCGUGCCCGCGGGGAUGCUGCCCAGCAUGGCGACGGGCACGGCGGGGAUGGGCUCCCUGGGCAUGCCGCUCAACCAGGGCAUGAUGGGAAUGAACAUGAACAUGGGCGUGCCAUCGGCGGGCAUGGGCCUCCCCGGUGGCAUGGGCAUGGGGAUGCCGGCGAUGGGCAUGGGGGCGGGCAUAACCCCCGCCAUGGCGCCGCCCAAACAAGAUGCCUUCGCCAAUUUCGGCAACUUCGGCAAAUGAUGGGGGGGGGGGGAGAGACGGGAUGAGGAGGGAGAGGGAUGAGGAGGGAGCGAGAGGGCGAUGAAGACGAGCAGGUUUCUGAGCGUACAACCAUGAAGGAUUCUUAGAGCUGCAUACAAAGAGUACUUGAGAAAUAUCCAAUGCCGCCAGGCCUCAGUUUCUUUUAUAUAUUCAAAUAUACAUGAAUGUAUGUAUAUUUAAAUGGGUUGAAACCAAGGACAUGUUUUGGUGGGGGGUGGGGUGGGAACGCACGUUGGCUGAUUUUUGUAUGGGGGCAAAACUGAGUGAUUGCACAUCCACGAAAGCGCGGGGUUCUCUGCUUUUUCUCCACUGUGGCAACCCAGUGUGUGAACAUAGCAGUGGAAUUCUGGCACUACCACUCCAAAUAUUAAUGGCAAAAAAAAGAUUCUUUCUCCUUCAAUUUCCCUGCUUCUCUCCCUGUUUUUAACCUAUCCGACUUCAUGCCAGAGACGAACUUCUACUGUCCCUUCUUCUCAUAAAUCAAAAUGGUCAGCUUGUAAAUAUCCCCGGGUGUGCAGACAAGUAAAUUAUUGCGUUAGAACUUUUUUGUAAGGUAAGAGUCUGAAGAGCAAGCUUCAGAAAGGACAGAGGUUAUUUAAUUUUUUAUUGUGUUGUCAUCUGAGACACAAACUAUUGCAAACCACCUUUCUGCUAUCUUGCUAUGUUUAAUCAAAAAUACUUUAUACUUUUGAGUCACAGUCGCGCUCUCGAAAGCGGGCUGUUAAUAUUAGAAUGAACGUUUAAAUUAAUGAAUGAAUAAAUACAAAAAAAAAAAAUAAUAAUAAUAUGAAAGGCUGUUUUAACUACAGGCAACCGCUGUGGCCUUUUUUUUGAAGGGUUUAUUUUUUUAAGUGAAAAUGUGAUUUUACAUCCAAAUAUGACUGUAGAGUGUGGUGCUCCUCUCUCCGAGGGGCUGCUCUCUGACUGCUGCAUGGGGUGCCUGGUGGAAAGUCGGCUGCCUUCUUUUCUUUACAAAAACGACCUUACUAAAGACAGACUCCAAUGAUGCAGUAUUCGUCCGAGGCCAUGUAAGAUAUGUCCAAUAAAGUAUACGGGCGCGCCUGUAAGCGUGCGUUUGAAAUGUACGGCAUGCGCACACACGCGUGCGCACGCUUUAUAACCCUUUAUAACGCCUAUCCCUAGUACUUAGUCCUUGGUGAAAUCAUGCCGUUGGGAAACGAUUGGGAUAUUUGGUUGCUCUUUUGUUGGAAUAGAUUUUAUGCAAGCCUUGUUUAACCCAAUGAGCUGUGUGGCACAGAGGGGGCCUUAGUGAAGAAGAUGCUGAGGGGGCAGGGGGAGAGCGAGAGAGCGAGAGAGAGAGAGAGAGAGAGAGAGAGAGAGUCAUGUGCGAAACGACCACCCCAAGAAAGCAAGGGAGGCACUUGGAGGGUGACGCCCACCCUCCCUCCCCCCCCUUC